GAUUUCCGGCUCCGGUGUCAUGGACGCCUCCUAUUCUGAAGGUGCAGAUGCUGGGGUCUGCGGGAAGAGGCAGCAGUUCGGGAACCGGUUUCUGAGCGACCCGGCGCGCGUCUUCCACCACAAUGCCUGGGACAGUGUGGAGUGGUCGGAAGAGCAGGCCGCGGCGGCGGAGAGGAAAGUCCAGGAGAACAGUACCCAGCGGGUGUGCCAGGAGAAGCAAGUUGAUUAUGAGAUCAAUGCCAACAAAUAUUGGAAUGACUUCUACAAAAUCCACGAAAAUGGGUUUUUCAAGGAUAGACAUUGGCUUUUUACUGAAUUCCCAGAGCUGGCACCUAGCCAAAACCAAAAUGACUUGAAGGAUUUGCUCUCAGAGAACAAGGCAAGUGAAGUACCUGCAUGUAGAAGCAGUGAGGAUGGAUCUGGUUUAAUAAUAGAAGAACAGCACAGUUGUUCUUCAGUCAGCCUUGGACAUAAAACACAGCCACCUCCCGUGGAAGAGAAUGUAACUCAGAAACUCCGUCACCUGGAAAUCUGUGCUGAUGAGUUUCCUGGAUCCUCAGCCACCUACCGAAUACUGGAGGUUGGUUGUGGUGUGGGAAACACAGUCUUUCCAAUUUUACAGACUAACAAUGACCCAAGACUCUUUGUUUACUGUUGUGAUUUUUCUUCCACAGCUGUAGAGCUGAUCCAGACAAAUUCAGCAUAUGAUCCUUCUCGGUGUUUUGCCUUUGUUCACGACCUGUGUGAUGAAGAUAAGAGUUACCCAGUGCCUGGGGAUAGUCUUGAUGUCAUCAUCCUCAUAUUUGUUCUCUCAGCAAUCAUUCCAGACAAGAUGCAAAAGGCUAUCAACAGGCUAAGCAGGCUUCUGAAGCCUGGAGGGAUGAUGCUUCUGCGAGAUUAUGGCCGCUAUGACAUGGCUCAGCUUCGGUUUAAAAAAGGUCAGUGUCUGUCUGAAAAUUUCUAUGUGAGAGGCGAUGGCACCAGAGUGUACUUCUUCACACAAGAUGAACUGGACACACUUUUCACUACUGCUGGACUGGAAAAGGUUCAGAACCUGGUGGAUCGCCGGUUGCAAGUGAAUCGAGGGAAACAACUGACAAUGUACCGAGUGUGGAUUCAGUGCAAAUAUCGUAAGCCUCUUCUGUCCAGCACCAGCUGAGAGGCACCUGCUCCUGACAGGCGAGGUCAUUGGGGCUUUUUAAAAAGAACGUCCACAAAUGGUGUCUUGUAGAUAUUAAACCAUGCAAGGGUUCCAACAGAUUUGAACCUAGGAAGAAUUAUUUUAUAUCAAGAUGCUAACCAUUUUUUAUAAAGCAGAAACUAACACACCAUUGUAAAGCAAUUAUACUCCAAUAAAGAUGUUUUAAAAACAACAACAACAAAAAAAGAUUCUAACCAUUUUUGCUUCAUAUUU